UUAAGCCUUUUUCAAUAAGCCCAACAAACCCAAUAACAAACUUCUUAAAAGAGCAAACCAGACCACAAACAAAGCUUUGGUUCGAUCGUUAAAACCUAAGAAAAUGGAUCCAAAGUCGCCGGAAUAUAUAAUUGAUCAGCCGCUUAAAACCUUAGGAUUCGUAUUCCAAGAGCUUUCAGCCACCAGAGUCUCCGGCCACCUCACCGUAACUGAAAAAUGCUGCCAGCCGUUCAAAGUCUUGCACGGCGGCGUAUCCGCUCUCAUUGCCGAGGGACUCGCUAGUCUCGGCGCCGGAGUCGCCUCUGGUUAUAAACGAGUUGCCGGUAUCCAUCUCUCCAUUCACCACCUCCGACCUGCUUCUCUCGGUGACUCUAUCUUCGCCGAAUCUUUUCCAGUCUCCGUCGGCAAAAAUAUUCAGGUAUGGGAGGUAAGGUUAUGGAAAACAAAGAAGACGAAGAAAUCAUCGGAGGAGAAAGUGAUGGUAUCAACGUCGAGGGUUACUCUCUUCUGCGGUGUACCUAUACCAGACCAUGUUAAAGAUGCUCCUGACCAGUUGAGGAAAGUGGUGUCCAAGUUGUAAUUUGAAAUCCCACCUUGUUGGGACUAUCAAAGGAGAGUUUAAGUUUGGUUUUGGUGUAUUUACCAAACGGUUAAAAUAAAGGAACUGAUUAUGAUGUAUCAGAAUAUGACUACUAUAAGUUAUUGUUUGUGGGUUUGAUUUGUAUA